AUGGUAGCAGCAGGAAUUUUUCCUGUAGCUCGAUUGUUUCCUCUUUUUAAAGCUCUACCUUUAAUAAUGUAUCUUAUCUCUUGGAUAGGGGGAAUAACAGCUCUAUUGGGAGCUACUAUGGCUCUCGCCCAAAAAGAUCUUAAAAGAGGCUUGGCUUAUUCUACUAUGUCUCAAUUAGGUUACAUGAUGUUAGCUCUAGGGAUAGAUUCCUAUCGAAUCGCUCUAUUCCAUUUGAUUACACAUGCUUAUUCCAAGGCAUUAUUGUUCCUAGGAUCCGGAUCAGUGAUCCAUUCCAUGGAACCCAUUGUUGGAUAUUGCCCCCGUAAAAGUCAGAAUAUGGCUCUUAUGGGUGGUUUGAGGAAAUAUAUGCCAAUUAUAGGAAUCACUUUUCUUUUAGGGACACUUACUCUUUCUGGUAUUGCACCUUUUGCUUGUUUUUGGUCUAAAGACCAAAUUCUUAGUGAUAGUAAGUUAUAUUCUCCCAUUUUCGAGGGGAUAACUUGGUUCACAGCAGGAUUAACUGCCUUUUACAUGUUUUGUAUGUAUUUACUCACUUUUGAAGGGGACUUCGGUGUAAAUUUAGUUAAUUCAUAUAACAACCAUAUUACAUUAUAUUCGACUUCUAUGUGGGGAGAGGAGGAAUCCAGGAUAUUAAAUAGAACGAGAGCAGAUUCUAUGUCGAAUCAAAUUAUAGGAAGGAAUAAUUCCUUUUCCAAAGAAGCAUUUCAAAUUUUGAAUAAGAUGGAAGGAUUGUACAAAAAGAAUAGAGGUUUGGUUGUCACUUAUCCUUUCUUUUAUAAAGGAUCUUUUGCAUAUCCGAAAGAAUCGGGCAAGGCAAUGCUAUUUCCUUUAGUUGUAUUGGGAAUAUUUACUCUGUUUGUUGGAUUAAUAGGAGUUCCUUUUUUUCGAAGCGGAAUGAGGUAUGACAUAUUAUCUCAAUGGUUUGCUUCAUCGAUGACCCCUUUUGAUAAGAAACAUCUGGAGAAUUGGUCCGAAUUUUUCAUAGACGCAAUCCCCUCAGUUGGUAUAGCAUUUUUCGGUAUAUUGAUUGCCUGUAUUCUAUAUAGACCUAUUUACUUCUUAUCACAGGAUGUAUAUCAUAAAACAAAUCCUCAUAUGAAGAUUAUUAUGGACCAAUCGAUUAAUAUUAUAUAUAAUUGGUCUUUUUAUCAAGCUUAUAUAGACAUAUAUUAUGACAUAAUCUUGAUUAAAGGUAUACGAGGAUUAGCUAAAACAAGUCAUUCAUUGGAUCAAUGGGCAAUUGAUGGAAUCCCAAAUGGAGUAGGUUUUUUAGGUCUUUUUGUAGGAGAGGGAAUGAGAUGCUUAGGAGGGGGACGUAUAUCUUCGUAUAUAUUUUUUUCCUUAUUUUGUGUAUUAAUAUCUAUAUUAAUAUAUUACUAUUCAUUUUCAUUCUAUCCAUAGAAAACUAGAAUAUAUACAUAUAUAUCGUGCUAUUUAUCAGCAUUGAUG